ACUGAUCGCUUUUAUCAUGUCUGGUCGUGGAAAAGGUGGAAAGGGUCUUGGAAAAGGCGGCGCCAAGAGGCAUCGGAAAGUGCUCCGCGAUAACAUCCAAGGCAUCACCAAGCCUGCUAUACGCCGUCUGGCUCGCCGUGGUGGUGUGAAGCGUAUUUCGGGCUUGAUUUACGAAGAGACUCGCGGUGUGCUGAAGGUCUUUUUAGAGAAUGUUAUUCGGGAUGCUGUGACCUACACCGAGCACGCGAAGCGAAAGACUGUAACUGCUAUGGAUGUUGUGUAUGCUUUGAAACGCCAAGGACGCACUCUGUACGGUUUUGGUGGAUAAGUGUAUACAUUUCAUCUUUACUGAUCUAAAAAGGCCCUUAUCAGGGCCACCCACGCAUUCAUAAAAAGAGCUGUGUUCGCUU